AUGUCAGAACUCCAAGAUUUCAGAUCCGCUUUCUCCCUCGAAGGGAAGAGUGCACUCGUAACUGGAGGCUCUCGCGGGUUGGGCUUACAUGUGGCCACUGGCUUCCUUCUCUCGGGAUGCUCUCACGUAGUCAUCACGGCCAGGAGGUUGGACGGCGAGCAUGGCAUCGAUCAGGCUGUCGCCAAGCUCAAUUGUCUCUCCGGCAUACGAGGAAGAGCUAUCGGGAUUGCUGCAAAUGUCGCCGAGUCCAGAGACAUUGUGCGAUUGGUUGAGGAUGUCAAGGCAAUCGUCGGAGAGAAAGGCCUCGAUAUCCUGCUGUGCAAUGCUGGUGCAGCUUGGGGUUCGAGAUUCGAAGAAGCUCCGCCAAGCGGCUCAAUUAAGAUUCUGGACUUGAAUGUGAGAGGCGUGUUUGAGCUGGCGCAAAAGUAA